AUGUCCGCCGCCGCCGUCGCUCAACCCCAAGCCUCUCCGGCCGAGCAAGAAGAGCAACGCAAGGUUGUCGAGAAGUUCAAGCAACUCCGCGACCAGCAGCAGGAGAUCGCCACCGAAGUUACCCGGAUCGAGGAAGAGCGUCGUGAGAUUGGGCGAGUUUUGGACGUGAUCAAGGACUUGAAGCCGGACCAAAAGUGCUUCCGUUUGAUCAGCGACUCGUUGGUCGAGUAUACGGUCAAGGAUGUGAUUCCUGACUUGGAGAACAAUAUGACAAAUCUCGGUCUGGUAUCGAAACAGCUCAACGAGCAGCUCGUCGAGAAGGGAAAAGAGCUGAAUCAGCACAAAACGGCUCAUAAUAUCCGGAUUUUGAGCGAAAAAGAGACUCAGGAGAUUCGAAAGGCCAACGCGAUGGGAGAGAUUCCGAAAUAA